UUCUAUUCGAGCGUCAUGGCUUCAAAGCGGAUUUUGAAGGAACUCAGGGAUUUGCAGAAAGAUCCACCCACUUCUUGCAGUGUUGGUCCUGUAGCUCAAGACAUGUUUCAUUGGCAAGCAACAAUCGUGGGCCCUUCCGAUAGCCCUUAUGCUGGAGGUGUAUUUUUAGUUACGAUUCAUUUUCCUCCGGACUACUCUUUCAAGCCUCCUAAGGUUGCAUUUAGAACCAAGGUCUUCCAUCCAAACAUCAACAGCAACGAGAGCAUUUGUCUUGAUAUCCUAAAAGAACAAUGGAGCCCUGCACUAACCAUUUCCAAGUCUUUUUUUAACAGGUUGUUUCUAAAUGACGUGUAACGGCAUGGAUUCGAG